AGUAGCAGCGGCGGCUAGGGCGGCGGUAGCUGCGGGAGUGGGGCUGGUAGCGGGCCUCGGGGCUCAGAGCGCGGGGCGGCCUAGAGCGGCGGACGGCGCGGCGGGCCGAGCGGGAGGCGCAGCGGCCGCCCUGGCUGUCAUGGAGAUGGAGAAGGAGUUCGAGCAGAUCGACAAGGCCGGGAGCUGGGCGACCAUUUACCAGGACAUCCGACAUGAAGCCAGUGACUUCCCCUGUAGAGUGGCGAAGCUUCCUAAGAACAAAAACCGAAACAGGUACCGAGAUGUCAGUCCCUUUGACCACAGUCGGAUCAAGCUGCACCAGGAGGAGAACGACUACAUCAAUGCUAGUUUGAUAAAAAUGGAGGAGGCCCAGAGGAGUUACAUUCUCACCCAGGGUCCUUUGCCUAAUACGUGUGGGCACUUCUGGGAGAUGGUGUGGGAACAGAAGAGCAGGGGUGUGGUCAUGCUCAACCGCGUAAUGGAGAAGGGCUCGUUAAAAUGUGCACAGUAUUGGCCGCAAAAAGAAGAAAAGGAGAUGAUCUUUGAUGACACAAAUUUGAAAUUGACGCUGAUCUCUGAAGACAUCAAGUCCUACUACACAGUGCGACAGUUGGAGCUGGAGAACCUUGCGAAUCAAGAGACUCGGGAGAUCUUACAUUUCCACUACACCACGUGGCCUGACUUCGGAGUCCCCGAAUCACCAGCCUCCUUCCUGAACUUCCUUUUCAAAGUUCGUGAGUCGGGCUCGCUCAGCCCGGAGCACGGCCCCAUCGUGGUGCACUGCAGCGCCGGCAUCGGCAGGUCGGGGACCUUCUGCCUGGCCGACACCUGCCUCCUGCUGAUGGACAAAAGGAAAGACCCUUCUUCUGUGGACAUCAAGAAAGUGCUGCUGGAAAUGAGGAAGUUCCGGAUGGGGCUGAUCCAGACGGCCGACCAGCUGCGCUUCUCCUACCUGGCCGUGAUCGAAGGUGCCAAGUUCAUCAUGGGAGACUCUUCAGUGCAGGACCAGUGGAAGGAGCUGUCCCAUGAGGACCUGGAGCCCCCACCUGAGCACGUGCCCCCACCUCCCCGGCCGCCCAAGCGAAUCCUGGAGCCCCACAACGGGAAACGCAAGGAGUUCUUCUCGAACCACCAGUGGGUGAAGGACGAAGCUGAAGAGGAUGAAGACGGCCCCAACGAGGAGGAGACCAGGACCCCCUUGAGGGCCUCCCACAGCAUGGACAGCACGAGUCAAGACACUGAAGUCAGAAGUCGGAUCCGUGGCCGAGGCCUGAGGGGCACCCAGGCAGCCUUCCCUGCUGAGGCAGAGCCGGCACCACCCAGGAAGGAGGAGGAAGCGCCGGCGCCCACACUGACCCACUGGAAGCCCUUCCUGGUCAACAUGUGCAUGGCCACGGUCCUCACGGCCGGCGCGUACCUCUGCUACAGGGUAUGUUUUCAUUGAUGGAGGUGCUGGCGAGAAGCGCGUGGCGGGAAGCACUGGCCACCAGCCCAGUGUGGGAUUUGGUUCUGUGGAGCGUCUGAGCCAGUCUCAGAAGAAGCAGAUGAGGGUUGGUUCAGGCUGGAACUGCCAAGGGCUGAGGAGAAGAGGGAAGGGUUGUGCACUGGGGUCUUCAGGAGCCCUGUGGUCCCAAGGACAUAGUCUAAUCUCAGGGCCUCAACUAUUCAGGAGUAAGUAGAGAAAAUGCCAAAUACGUCUUUCUCUCUCUCUUUCUCUGUCUUUAUUUUUAUUUUAUUUUAUUUUAUUUUAUUUUUUUUGGUUCAUUUAUCUUUGAAAAAAAUAGAAUUACAACACAUUGUUGUUUUUAACCUUUAUAAAAAGCAGCUUUUGGUUAUUUCUGGAAGAAAGAAGACUAGGCACUUACAAAACUUCCUCAUACCCUUGGGUGGUAUAAUCAGAUUCACAAUUUAUAUUUGGUUUCCCAGGGAAAAAAAUCCCAAACUUUUACGAAUGUAGAUGCCCUUGGAGGAGAGGGCCGGGCGCUGUGGUGUGGGCGCUCUGGGCCGCCAGCACCCGCCAGCGCCCGCCAGCCUCCGCCAGCCUCCCUGUGUUGAGAGGAGACAACAUAAGGCCGUCUCCAGAAAGCAAGCCCGCUUCUGCUCUUGCUCAGGGUGACCCUGCUGGUUUUCCGCGGCUCGUUUCCCCAUUGCUCCUCUGUGUGGCCGUCAUCUGGCUAACUUGCUGGCCCUCGUCACCCCGUCCCUGUACAUGAGUUUCCUGCAGCCUCUGCCUUGGGUCGGCCGCACGGCAGGGUGACUGCUGGCACUUCAGCCCUGGCUCCCGCUCACGUGGGAGGAGGUGCUACGGGGCCCGCCCUGAUCAGAGGGGGGUGCAGAGACCCUGGAAACUGCCCCACGUGACCUUCUUAUCCUUUUAAAUAUUUUACCUGUUUCCAGGUGACCGUCUUUGAGUGCAUGUUGCAUUAGCAAAAUACAAAUAUCUUUUCCUUGGGGGUGAUUUGUGGGAAGGCCCUGUCAUUAAAAACAAAAGCCCCAGGCUCCCUUGAAUCAUGGUGCCCUCUGAGGUGGGGUGCGGGGGGCGUGCACGGGUCAGACAGCUGUGGCUGUGCCCGGGGCUCCUCUGCCUGUUUGGCUUCAUUCCAGUUCCUGUUCAGCAGCAGUGCAUGGCCCGACCUCCCUGGGCCUCCUCCACCCAUUGUCCGCCUCUGCUCUCAGCCCCCCCACCCCGACUGUAGGCGCCUGGUGGGUGAGGGCCGCUGGCAGCGUGGAGCACAUGCAGAGGGCGCUGUUCUGUUGGAGAGCCCGGGCCGUGCCUCGCCCUGCGCCCUGCGCCCUGCACCCUGCUCCUCUUCCUUCUUUUCCUGCCCUCCUUCCUGUGAGUACCACAUCCCAACCCACUUCUAAAGAGAGCAAAGCAGGGGACCGUGCUGGUGGCAGGGAAGGGUGGUGGCCUGUGCCCGUCUCUGGCUCGCCCCACCCGAGCGCUCCCUCUUGGUGCACCCCAGGCCAGCGACAUGCACCAUCCUCCCCAGAAGCCUCCACGCAGCCCUGUGGAGUAGCCUCUCCGCUCCAUAUUUAUUUUAAUUUUUCCAAAGGCAUCCAUACUGCACUAGCAUUUUCUUAAACCAAUAAUGUAUUAAAACUUUUGAUGUCAGCCUUGCAUCGAGGGCUUUAUCAAAAAGUACAAUAAUAAAUCAAUCCUCAGGUAGUACUGGGAGCACGAGACUCUGCCCUGAGCCUGCCGCCUCAGACCAGUGCUGGCGGGAGGACUGUGUGAGCAGCGGCGUGCAGUGACUGGGUCACGUGAGGGGGGAGCGCUGGCGUGGUAGAGGCUGAGCACUUGGUAUUUAGUAAGAGUCACAGUGGGAGAUGACCUAGUCCCCGUGCUUCUCCUCCCCGUUACCUGGUAGGACCUUGUUCUCGGUCACCACUUUCCCUGUGUGUAUUAGAGUGCAUGUAAGGGCUUCCGUGUCCCAUGAAAUGCCGCGGGCUGGGAACAGAACCUUAGCCUCCUGCCUCCUGACGUGCCGUCCGCUGCAGUCUUGACCUGACCAUUGCGUGGCUGUGGCUCCUAAGGCUGGUGCUGAAGGAGCCGCCUUUAGCAAGACAGCGAUGAUGUUCCGAUGGUGUUCCCAGGAGCCGAUGUGGGCCUAAUUCCUGGCAUGACUCUCUGAUGACUUCCUGGUGAGGCCCGGCCUGUCCUGGUCCUGCUGGGCCCACUGUAACUCAGACAUUCCAAGGCUAUGGCCAGCCCUGUUCACACCUCACGCUCUGGACGUUUAGGCAGCAGGGCCCCGACCGUGGGGUGAGCAGACCGUGACUGGAAGCAAGGCAGCCGCGGGAGCGCCCUCCUUGGAGCAGCCCAGCGACAGCCCUUGGAGCCAGCUGCCUGCUGCAUCUCCGUCCUAGGGGACCCUGCUGAAGGGGGCGUCUGCCCCCGCCCCGCCCCCCCGAGCCCCUUGGGACUGAUGGUGCUCAUGACUCUUCCUGCAACGGGGACUGAGACCUCCACAUUUGGUGGCUUUUUUAAUAAGAAAAAAGGCAGCUGUGGCUGUGGCUGUGUCGCCAGCAUUUUCACGUUUUGCCUUUCACGGGGGAGAAGCCGGCGCAGAGGGAUCCUGAGGGACACUCAGGCGCGGCUGCAGAGCCUUGUGGGGCGUGGGUGAGGCCGAGGGCCAGGCCGCGCGUUCUCGGCUGGGCUUGUCGCAGUCCGUGUCUGUGUGUAGCUGGGUGUGUAUGUAUAGGAGCCGUUGCCGACGGUGGACUGGCUGGCCUCUGUCCGCGAGGACAGCUGGCCUCCGUCUGUUAGCGUAGGUUAGGGAGGUAGUGAGCUGCUCUGCUAUUUGCCUUAAGCCAACAUUGACUCAUCAGGCCGUUAUUUUUGACAAUGGCUGUGGAAUAAACCAUUUUUACAAAACUAAAAACAAAACAAAAAAAAGCGAGGUGUUUGGUUACAAUACCUUUUCAGGUGUGUAUACGUGGCUGCAUGACCGGGUGGGGGGAGGGCGUGUCUCAGGGUCUUCUGUGACCUCACAGAACUGUUAAACUGUACAGUUUUCCAACUUGCCAUAUAAACGAUGGGUUUGCAUUUUAGUUGCAAUAAUAAAACCUUUUUCUAAAGAA